AUGAGAGGUUUCGGUGCUGAGGUGCAUCAUGCAAAGACCAAAGAUGGUUAUUACAUCCACGUUGUGCACAUAAUCAACCCUGAAAUUGAUCGUAGCAAACUUCGAAGACCAGUGAUCUUCAACCAUGGCUUACUGGAGAGUUCCACUAUUUGGUUGAUCAAUGCGAACAAAGUUAAACCUCUGCCUUAUGAGCACCAAUGUGGUGAGAUAUCACCCAGUCAAUUAAGUGCCAAUGAAACGCAAUAUUUGAAUGGGCCGAUGAUGUUGGCCAAUCAUGGAUUUGAUGUCUGGUUGAUGUCCAUGCGAGGAACAGAUUGGUCAUUGAAACACGAAACUCUCAGCGCAAAGGAUCCUGAAUUUUGGGACUACUGUCUGGAUGAUUUUGCGCUUGUUGAUGUGCCAACUGUUAUUGAUUAUGUUCUUCGCAAAACUGGUAGCAAAAAGGUGGGCUACAUUGGCCACUCACAAGCGACUUUCUCAAUAUUUGGCCUCUUGGCAACCAUCCCAAGUUAUGCCGAUAUUGUUGAGCCAGUGAUUGCUGUGGCACCAGUUGCAUUCUUUGAUCACAUCACCUCUGUAGCACGAUUGCUAUUUCUUGGAACUUUAACCGCCACCAACAAAGACAAACACGGUCCCUUUCCAAAAGAGGCAAAAGAACUUCGGACUACUCUAGCUUCAGUUUGUAAAAGACCCGGCUCGUUUCUUAAAACUGCUUGCGAUCUGGUGGAAAUGCUUAUUUCUGGCAAAGGCGACAAGUGGCUGUUAGGAUACUUUGCCCAUUUGCCAUUCUUCACAAGCUUGAAAGUGCUGCGCCAUUUUGGUCAAUUAAUUCAGAGUAAACGCUAUCAAAUGUACGAUUACGGGGCGGAAGAAAACAAGCGUAUUUAUGGAUCAACAAGAUCGCCUUCUUAUAAUAUCAAACGCAUUAGAUCAAAAUCUUUAUGUCUCAUUAGCACUAAAUCUGACGCUUUGUCUCCGCCAACAGAUGUUUCAAGGUUCAAGAAUCAAUUAACUGUGCCAUUGUACAAAGACAUUUUUAUUGAUAAAGACUUUGACCAUUUCGACUUGAUCACCAGCGCUGGUGCAAAAGAACUAGUUUUCAAACCAAUCAUGGCAAUAUUUGAGGAAUUUGAACUGAACUCUGCUAAUUGUGUGCCGCAACAACAAUCUUCUGAUUACAAAGAAGACUUCACUAACGAAAUCGGAUUAGAGUACCAUAAGGAAAAAGAUCAGGUUGAAAACGAAGCAACCGCGAACUAG